CCAAUGACAAAAACUCUUCGACUAUGACAAGUCCACAUGUGACCGGUGUCACCGGAAUGCCAACUGUUAAACAGGGCGAUGCUUCAAAUCUGACCUGCGUUGUUGAAAGUUUCCAUCCAUUUAACAUCACAUGGACACCUGGCUCCAACAAAAACUUGCAAAAACAAAGCCCUCAGAAUGACACUGGAAAAGCCACUCUUGUGGUCCGUAAUGUGACGGAAGAACAUGGACAGUACGUCUGUACAGCAAAACACCAGGAUACAACUCUGACUAUAUAUGCUGAAGUAACUGUGAGAUUUCAGUUGAAAAACCGGACCGUUGUGUGUGUCAGUGAGAAGUUGUCUUUACCCACCAUCAAAUGGCCAUUGUUGAAGAACGACACUAUUACUACAACUAUGUCAGACCAUACAGACUACAGUGUAUCUGCAGAAGAUUACAACUUCACCACUGUAGAGUGUAUCAGUAGCACUGAUUUGGGGAAAGCACAACAGAACCAGUCAUCUAAUGGGUCAUAUCUAGACAAUCUACUCCAGAAAUUGUCAACAAUUGUUCAACAGCCACAAGUCAUCAUUGCAUUUUUGACUGGGAUACUUCUUUCAGCAACCAUCUGCUGUUUGGUCAGAAAAUGCCACAGAACAAAACAGAAGAGCUCUGGAAAUGUGGCUGAGACUCUGGAGAUGGUGACUACCCAAGAAGAUCCGCUGAUCAAUGCUGGUGAAGCAGUGGAAAAUGAUGGGACCCAUGACCAAGAGGCAGAUGAAGGAGGAGCUGUGGCUGGGCAGUCAGCCCCUGAAGGUGACGUGGAGCCAAAAGAGGUGGAAUACUCCAACAUUGACUUCUUUGUGUUGAAAAGGAACAGUCCCUCAGAUAAGACACAAGAGACCACUGAGACAGAGUAUGCUGAAAUUAAGAAAGGAGAUAAAGAGGAAAGACAAGACAAUGGCCGAGAGGGCGGUGAAAUGUUUGAGGGCAAUGAAGAGGAGAAGGUGAUAAUAGGGGAAGAAAAGGAGACAAAACAGUGUAUGUCUGCAGACAAGGCGGAGGGAGUUGAGGAUGUGCCAGUGUACUCCACUGUGAAUGAAGUAAUGGAUGAGAUUUGAGGACUGUGUAGCUUAGUGGAGCAACUUAAUGAUGCAUGUCUUUCUUUUUGUGGUGAAAUACAACACAGGUGAUUAAAAACACAUACAGUGAGACGGGCAAUACGUUAAACAUAGGAUAGGGCAUGAGUUUAUAGAGUGCAGAUAUGUAUGUUUGGAUGUGACACGUGUGGUAUUUUUUAGGAGAUUAUUUGGCCAUGUUUUGGUUGUGCUUGUGUGUUCAUGAGGCUGAUGUAGAUGUUGCGUGUAUGAACAAAAAAAAAAAUACAUGAA